AUGGCUGUCACUCAAACACCCAGAAAGGGGUCUUCACCAUUAGCCACCCGCACUGAGAAAGACAGCCUCGGUCAGCGAGAGCUCCCUAGCAAUGCUCUCUACGGUAUCAAUACCGCUCGAGCAUUCGAAAACUUUCCCUUCACAGGACGCUCGCUCGCAUCAUGUCCAGACUUCGUCCGUGCUUUCGCUAUGGUAAAGCAGGCUGCAGCUCAAGCAAAUGUUGAAAUUGGAAGCCUGCCUGUAGAAAAGGGAAAUGCCAUCUCCGUAGCAUGUGAAGAGCUAAGAGCUGGGAAACACGAUGGCCACCUGAUAGUCGAUAUGUUGGAAGGGUCAGGAGGCACAUCUACCAAUAUGAACUUCAACGAAGUUAUCGCCAACGCAGCUGCACUAUCAGCACAACAGCCCAUCGGCGAUUACAGCUUCGUUCACCCCAAUGACCAUGUCAACAUGGGCCAAUCAACCAACGAUGUGCACCCAAGUGCCAUGAAGCUGGCCCUUUACCACUGUAUGGCUGACACCCCUUACGUUCUGUUCCAGCUGGCCGAUGCCUUUGCCAAGAAGCGACAGGAGUAUUUCUCGGUGCUUCGUCUUGGGCGAACGUGUCUCCAAGAUGCACAGCCCAUGACCUACGGUCAGCUCUUUGGAGGUUACGAGUCCGUUACUCGACGCCACGCCGAGCAACUCCAAACGCUUCGCAAACAAUUUCUCACUCUUCCUUUGGGCGGAACGGCGAUUGGGACCGGUUUUGGAUCGAGGCCUGGCUACAAAGCAGCCGUAUAUCGGCACCUUUCCUCCAUUGUGGGUGUCGGAAUCAAACCAGCAGCGGAUUCCUUUGAUGGAAUGCAAAACAUGGACACAUGUGCCCGGCUUUCGGCUGAGCUGCGUAACACUGCCAACUCAAUAUCUAAAAUAGCCACCGACCUCAUCACCCUUUCGUCUGGUCCUGGGGGUGGCAUUGGGGAGCUUACUCUACCUCCCGUCCAGGCGGGAUCGUCGAUAAUGCCGGGCAAAGUGAAUCCAGUCAUUCCUAUGUCUGUCAACCAGAAUGCUUUUGCCAUUGCCGGAAACGACGCCACUGUAUCAAUGGCCUGUCAUCAGGGUAUGCUUGAGAUCAACCAUUUCGAGAUGGUGGUUUGCGAUCGGCUCAUCGACAGCAUACAUCUCCUCACCAGCGGUGCGAACAUGUUCCGCGUCAAAUGUGUCGAGGGUAUCGUGGCGAAUGAGAAAAUUUCUUACAGACACUUGCUCGAUUCUAGUGCGUUAGCCACUGCCCUUGUACCAGCUUUGGGUUAUGCCCAAGUUUCUAGAAUCGUUCGUGAAUCUAUUGCGCAAAAGCGGCCGUUCCUGGAGCUCGCUAUCGAAGAAGGAUGCUUGAAGGAGAGAGAUCUUGUGUCAAUCCUAGACAAGUCAGUACAGAUAGAUAGCGGCUCGUCAGUGGAGGAGAAACAUGAGGCGACGAAUGGCGCGAACGGUACUCAUGCAGUUUCUGUCAAGACCAACAGUAUUAAGGAGCAUUUCAAAUGUUCCGUAAGCGAAGUCAGCACUGUUUAA